CAUGCUGAUAUAUUUGAAUUUUUGAAUGCAAGAAAAAAUAUAGGUGGUCAAGGAAAACAUGCAUGUGAUAUAUUUCCAGCAUUAUGGAUACCAGAUUUAUUUAUGCGUCGUGUUGAAGCUAAUCAUGAAUGGACAUUAAUGUGUCCACAUCAAUGUAAACAUUUACAAAAUGUUUGCGGAAAAGAAUUUGAUGAUUUAUAUACAAAAUAUGAACAAGAAGGUCUUGGACUUCGUACAAUAAAAGCACAAAUAUUAUGGUCUGCUAUUGUUAAUGCACAAAUUGAAAGUGGUACACCAUUUAUGUUAUAUAAAGAUCAUUGUAAUGCAAAAAGUAAUCAAAAACAUCUUGGUACAAUUCAUUGUUCAAAUUUACGUACAGAAAUUAUUGAAUAUACAUCACCAAAUGAAAUUGCUGUAUGUAAUUUAGCAUCAAUUGCAUUAAAUCGAUUUGUACGUUCAGAUCGAACAUUUGAUUUUGAUAAACUUGUUGAAGUAACAAGUGUUGUUGUACGAAAUUUAAAUAAAAUAAUCGAUCGAAAUUUUUAUCCAUUACAAGAAGCUAAAACAUCAAAUCUUCGUCAUCGUCCAAUUGGUAUUGGUGUUCAAGGUCUUGCUGAUACAUUUUAUUUAAUGCGUUUUCCAUUUGAAAGUAAACAAGCUCAACAACUUAAUCGUGAUAUAUUUGAAACAAUGUAUUAUGCUGCAUUAAAAUCGAGUUGUGAAAUAGCUAAAAUUCAAGGUCCAUAUGAAACAUAUGAAGGUUCACCUGUUAGUAAAGGUAUUCUUCAAUUUGAUAUGUGGAAUGUUAAACCUUCGGAUCGUUGGAAUUGGACGGAACUUCGUAAUGAAAUAGGAAAAUAUGGUAUUCGAAAUAGUUUAUUAUUAUCACUAAUGCGAAGAACAUCAACAGCUCAAAUUCUUGAUAAUAAUGAAUCUAUUGAACCAUAUACUAGUAAUUUAUAUGUACGACGUGUACUUUCUGAUGAAUUUGAAGUUGUUAAUAAUCAUUUAUUAAAAGAUUUAACUGAAUUAGGCUUAUGGAAUGCAGAUAUGAAAAAUCGUUUAAUGUAUGAAAAUGGUUCAAUUCAAAAUAUUGAAACUAUUCCGGAUAAUAUCAAAGCAUUAUAUAAAACAGUCUGGGAAAUUUCAGAAAAAGUUAUUAUUAAUAUGGCUGCUGAUCGUGGUGCUUUUAUUGAUCAAUCACAAUCAUUAAAUAUUCAUAUUGCUGAACCGACUAUGGAUAAAAUUUCAUCAAUGCAUUUUUAUGCUUGGAAAAAAGGUCUUAAAACAGGCAUGUAUUAUUUAUGUAGACGUCCAGCUGUUGAUCCAAUUAAAUUUACUGAUGAUAAAAGUCAUAUAGUAUCAACAGUAAAAACUGAUGGUGCAAUUGAAAAAGGAAGUGAUACACAAGAAGAAACAACUAAGACUGAAGAAGAAAAUCUUGCACGACAAAUAGAACUAUGCAAUAUGAUAGAUGAAUAUGAUGAUUAUCUUAUGUGUUGA